GUCUCUUACCAGCCCACCGGAAGAGCUCCCUCUGAUUUACCAUCUGGAGAGCCAGGGGUCACAGAGACCCGUCUGUUCCAGGAGUUGCGCUGAAAUAUUAGAAUAUUACGAAUAAUUGUAUUGACCUGUUUUGGAGUACUGCACUGCUGAAGCCACAGCUCUUCACUGAGAAUCAAAAUCGGGACAGCUGUCACAGUCCACGCUAGAUGGGAUAGAAUUUUCUAAUUGGAUUUUACGUCAAGGGAAUUCUGAAAUCAUGAGCCAGAUGAGUCCUUCUGCCUCACAGGGAAACUCUUGUCCCAAACUGCCUUCCGCUGCCAGACUGAGCUUUCUCCAUUCAGGUACAGGAUCAGACACUAACGCCGGGAAUCCAGGCAUCAAACCUAAACUGAGGCCCAAGCCUCUUGUUCUUCCACCGGUUCCUGCAACUCCAGUUAUAAGCCCCAGCAAGCCGCGUAAGGCGCACACGAGCUGGGUACACAGCGCCAAACAGAAAGAGGAAGCUGGGGCUCCGAGCAGAGCGAAAGAGAGGACGUCCUUUCUGUCUGCUGUCAUCGAGCGGACCUCAAAGCUGUAUGGAUACACACCUGCGCUGCGUCCUAGCUUCUCUGAGGAGACUCCUGUUGAUGUGAAAUCACAUCUGGACAAGGACCGCUGUGAGACUUCAACGCUAAUGGCAGAAGCACAGUGUACUGCAAAACAGACUACUAUGACGACCAGGCUUAGACCUGCAGUUCCUGUGAAGGGAGAAGCAUUUGAUCGGGGAAGCUCCUCUGUACAUGCACAGAGUGUUGCCAAAGCCAAGUACGAGUUUCUCUUUGGAAAGACAGAAGACACAAGCUCAGCAGAUAGCGUCACCACAACGACCCAAGAGAAACAGGAAAGUGGCUCGGGUCUUGACUUGGCUUUUGACGAGGAUGACAUUGAUGAGACAUCCCUCUUCCAGGAGAUUGACAGGGAGCUGUCAAAUCUGUUGAGUGGUCUGACCGCUUGGAGUCAGAAUGCUGCGUCCGGACAGGACUCAAUGUCAGGAGAUGCCACCGCUGCCGCCUCAUCCAUGAUACCCUGCAACGGGCCAGACGAAACCGCAUCGUCUCAGCUGGAUAUGGCCAAGCACGGCUUGGAUGUUCCAAACGGCCAGUCCGAGUUAGCAAGAGACUCCCUGCUGUUUGACUCGUGGUGCGAGGCACUCAUAAAGGACCCCAGCUCAGUUAUGGCGGCCGCAAACGAGCUGAGCUGCUUCUGCUCUGGGCCCAGUCGAGACCCCAGGAAUGCACCGGCCUGCCAAAAUAAACCCGAAGCCAGCACAACUCCAGCUGCAACACAUGGGGAGCAGCCCUCGGAGGUGCCCUCUCAAGAAAAUGCUGGAAAGGAGACGGAGGGCAAGAGGGCCGGGUCACCCUCGCCCAGUAGGACAGACGAUGAUCCCUCGGCAGAAGUGGCAGACGAGUCUCUAGAGGAAUCAAAUAAAAUUCUGGCUGAGAUUCCAGGCAUCUUCAGUGGCUUUCUGGAGGGGGGCAAACUCCGGGACAAGCCGCCAAAGAAGCUGCGGUUUGUGGAGAGCAGGGCAGAAAGCCUUGUGAACGGAGAGAUGCAGCGCUGCGGCAUGAAAGAGGAAGUGACUCCGGACAUGCAGCAUACAGAAGCCGCAGGAGUGCCACAGGGGCGUGUGCUGAGACCCGAUCAGAAACCAGCAGAGAACAGCUCAAACAGGUACAGAACCUCUGCAUCGCAGUCCUCACUUGCCAAAAGCCUGUUAGGAAACAACAGUGUUUACAGGUGUUCUGCUGCAGGUGAGAGUGAGGUCACAGAUGUCUUCAGCUGCCAGUUUGAGAGCAUCCUGGAGUCAGAGCGUCUGCGAGGGACUCUCUACAGCAGCGUGGACUCGCUGGACGAGCUGUCCAACCCCGUGCCUGAACCCAGCUCUCACAGUGCUCCAGGAGCCUCAUUUGCCUUCGACAUUCCACUCACUCCCAUGAUCCAACAGCGACUUAAGGAUAGAAGUCUGUUCCUGAGCUCAGACGCCGAGGUGCUGAGUGUUUCCGCCACGAAGGAGAGUGGCCGGACGGCUCUAGAGGUGACCUCUUCAUUUCUCUCAGGGGGCUGCGAGGACGCAGGAGCCGCUCUGGCGAAUGGUUUAAAUGACGGAGACCCCAGAGACUGGCUGCAGGGCUGUUUAAGCAGCGAUGCAGGGUUGAAGGACACACUGUCGGACUGGGACUUAGACAUGGAUGGUGUGGAAUGCCUUAAGGACACAGAUGUUCUUCACAAUGGCAGCCGAAGCGACCAGGAAGCCGCCCGACGUCUGGCCAGACGGCUCUACCACCUGGAGGGCUUCCGCCGCUCGGAUGUCGCCAAACACCUGGGCAAGAAUAAUGACUUCAGUAAGAUGGUUGCAGAAGAGUAUCUCAAAUUCUUUGAGUUUACAGAUUUGACAUUGGACCAAUCGCUCAGAUGUUUUCUGAAAGCAUUCUCGCUAAUGGGCGAGACUCAGGAGAGAGAGCGGGUGUUAAUUCAUUUCUCUAAUCGGUACUAUCAGUGUAAUCCCACCAUCAUCACUGCACAAGAUGGAGUUCAUUGCCUUACCUGUGCACUAAUGCUGCUCAACACUGACCUUCAUGGCCCAAAUAUCGGGAAGAAGAUGACGUGCCAAGAAUUCAUCAAUAACCUGGACGGACUCAAUGGAGGACAAGAUUUCCCCCGGGAGCUGCUGAAGUCGCUGUAUAACUCCAUCAAGAAUGAGAAGCUUGAAUGGGCAGUUGAUGGAGAUGAGCUGAAAAAGUCUUUGUCUGAGCUGGCGGAUAAGAACCAUCACUCUCACACUAAGAGCAUCAGUCGUAUCAGCAGCGGCAGUAACCCAUUCCUGGACAUCGCCCAUGACCCCAACGCAGCUGUCUACAAAACUGGCUUCCUGGCCCGCAAAAUCCACGCUGACAUGGACGGGAAGAAAACACCGAGAGGGAAACGAGGCUGGAAAGCCUUCUAUGCUGUUCUCAAAGGCAUGAUCCUCUAUUUGCAGAAGGAUGAGUAUAAGCCAGAGAAGGCCCUGUCAGAGGACGAUCUGAAGAACGCCAUCAGUGUGCAUCAUGCUCUAGCCAUCAAGGCAAUGGACUACGAGAAGAAGCCCAAUGUCCUCAAACUCAAGACUGCUGACUGGAGAGUGUUCCUCUUCCAGGCUCAGAGCCCUGAGGAAAUGGAGUCCUGGAUUAGUAUAAUCAACUCGGUGGCAGCCAUGUUUUCCGCUCCAUCCUUCCCCGCUGCCAUUGGCUCGCAGAAGAAAUUCAGCCGCCCGCUGUUGCCAGCGACCACCACCCGCAUGUCUCAGGAAGAGCAGCUUAAGUCCCACGAGGCCAAGCUGAAGCAUGUCUCUACAGAAUUAGCCGAGCACAGAUCCUACCCGCCAGAUAAAAAGGUCAAAGCCAAAGAGAUCGAUGAGUACCGCUUGAAGGAGCACUACCUGGAAUUUGAGGAGAGCCGCUACGAGAUGUACGUCAAGCUCCUGAAAGAGGGUGUGAAAGAGCUCUUGUCGGCCCGGGACGGUGACGCCGCAUUGAAGAAAUCUCAGUCCAGCCCCUCUCUUAACCAAGAGUGCCAGCCGGCCACCGCUAAAGUCAAGCGCAACACAUCUGAGCGGAAGGACUACCGGCCUGAAACACCCAAGGUCACAUAGGCAGUCUCCUGCAUUCUGCCAGAGAGCCAUUGUAUAUCACUCGUGACUGUACUUUGAUGUAAUUUAUUUAUCUGCCGACAGUUGUAUCAGAAAACAUUUGAGUAAAAUGUAAAUUGAUCAAUUGGUUGGAAGUUGUAAAUCUCUAGGUCUCCCUUGACCAGCCGGUUCUUGUGGAGCAAAUUGUGUGGUUUUCUUUUUUUAUUCGUUAGUGUGUAAAAAAUGUUGUGGUUGCACUUUAUUUUACAUUUCGCGCAUUUGCGGAAGUGACCGAGUAAUGUUAGGUAACUACAUUGGUUAAGGCUAGGUUGAGGGUUCGAUUCAGAGCUAAUGCCUAGUUAUUACCCAGAUGCACUCUUAAAAAAAAAAAGGUUCUGUAUUUGCAUUAAUGGUUCUAUGAAGAACAUCCAUGAAAACUUUUAAAUGUGUAAAAGGUUCUUUAUGGUCAACAAAGUUUCUUCAAAAUGGUUCUUUCAGGAACUGUUCAUUGAAAGGUUCUUUGGGGGAAACAAAUGUGGUUCUUCUGUGGCAUCACUGCAAAAAGACCCUUUAUUUUUAAGAGCGUGUUACUUGUCGUAAAAUAAAGUGCCACUGCAUUCGUUCUGAGAACACGACUGUCUCUCCGAUUGUGCUGUUCCCCUAAUUUGCUUUUCCUUCAAGAGAAGUAUUUUCUUCAAGUGGAAACGUCCACUCACAUAUGCUAGGCAGUAGAUAUAGUCUCAGAGUGUAAAAUGUUAUUUUAAAUGGCUGACAGCAGAGACAGGGAUCUUUUCAGGAUCCUUCAGGAUUUCAGUGCAUGGAUACGAUGCAGGAUUUAUCACGAUAGACUUUCGUUUUCAAUGUACUAACCACCUUACUAACAAACCACCAAAUUCUCAGUCUAAUAUCUCCUCACUCGAGCGUGUUAAUGGAUCGUACCAGCAUGUCGCAGCAAUGGACCGAAACUCUAAAUAGAUUAUUUUCUAAUGAUCAUUUCGAGGUACUUGCUGAGUUACGGCAUUUCGGACUGCAAGAUUAGAUGGCGUUCGCGUUAACGCCAUCGGCCGCGCAGUUUGUGCCAUUUAUUUUUUUAUCCGUUUGUUGAAGUAAAGAGUAUACUUCUGCUUUUUCAGUAGUGUAAAUGCCAAUGCUCCUUUUGUGUAUUUUAUAAACUUCUAUAUUUGAAUUUUGAAUUCUUAGUUCAGAACAUUAUUGUUGUAAAGAUGACAGUAGUAUUUAUAGUGCACUUUAUUAGUUCUUUUGACUCUUUUAGAGAGCUUUAUAAAGGGUAGUGAUAUGUUACUUCAUUAUACAGGUUUCAAGCGUAACCAAAUCUAUGGUUGAUUUUAUUGAAGGUACACAGCCCGAGGGUACAUUUUCACUCGUGUGAAGUCGUGUUAGUUUGUCUGUGCUCCUGUAUUUUUGCCGUCGUGUUUAGGUUCUUCAAAUACAGAGGUUUCUAGAGGAAUUGAGAGCUGACCGUGAAUCUAAGAUGUCAUUUUCAUUACCGAAAAAAUGACGUGAACACUAUGUGAACGUUCUACACUGUUUUUGCACACCAACAAAGCCAGAUCUAUUUACGUAUUUGAACUUUUGAAGGUUUAAAAUGAACCUAUUAAAAGAUUUUCGCAUUCGCAGAUAUUAGUUCGACUCCCUUCAGCCUAUUAUGACAUUUGUUUACUUGAAAUAUUUGUAAGGACACUUUAUUUUCUUAGAAUUUGACAACUAGAAAGAAUUUGUUCAUAUCCUCAUUGUAUUUUUGUCAUUACAGGCUUGUUUUUCAUACUUUUUUUUUUUCUUUCUUGCUGUGAAAUGGCAGGACGUAUUAUUUCUCUUGUCCAGUUCUGAACACAGAAGCACUUAGAUAAUGUUUGUUUUUAUUUAUUUGUCGCUACUUUAAAAGCUGCAUACAUUUUCAGCGGUAUAUACAGUAUACACUUAGUAAUGAAUAUUACAAAACUGUCAUCGGUAUGAACGGUGAUAUGAAGAGAUCGACUUCCUUUCGAUUCCUUUUACGUGUUGCUAUGUUUCAUGUUUGAUGUCCGCCGCUUUUUCAGACCAAAUCGUUUCCUGUGACAUGUAACUCUGGCACUAACCCUUUAACAGUGCACGUCCGACACAGACUUCAAAUAGCAAUUGCAUUUGUUAUUAUUUUUCAUAGGAUGCAGAAAAUUAUUUUAAAAGAAAGUGUAUGCAUAAAAGAUAGGGGCGUGCAAGUGCACUUUAGGUGUUUCAAAAUAAAAACAACGACAGCUCUAAUGAAAAACCGGUCAAAAGUGAGGCUUGCGUAAUCACAAGCAGUUACGAGGUUUAAAAUGUAUUUCUUUGUCAUGCUAAUAUUUUGACUUUUGUUUGUGAAUCUCCUCUGGGUGCAGACCGCUCAUGUUUACCGUGAUGUAUGCCACAACUCGAACUUGAUUGUAAGCAUUACGACUUGUCCGUUUUUCCUACAGCCUUGUCAUCUUUGUGCAUUUACUUUGGCGAACCCUGUAAUGUAUGAUCUCCUAUCAAAUGCAAUUGUGUGGGUACUGAAGGAGAGCAGCUGGUUUUAAUGCGCCUUAGCCAUCAGUUGGACCAUUUGGUGUCCAAACUCAGAUAUCGUGAAUACCUUUUUUAGCUGUGAUCCUGUACUGCUCAUUUAAAUCUGUAAAUGUUGUUAAAUAUGCCUGUUGCCCUGCGUUCAGAAGACUGGAUGUGUUGGUUGUGAUCUCUUGGCAUGAGCGUGUCUUACGCCUGCCCACAAAGAUCAGGGACACGAUGUUGGCUUCAGUGAAUAAAAUACUGUAUUUAAUCGUU